GUUUAAUCCACAUUUUUUCUAAAAAGACUUGUUUGUAAAUAAAAUUGGCAAUAAAAACUUAACAUGGCAAAAGCCAAAACGACAUCAAGUAUUCCAGAUGAGUUAAAAGAGAAACUAGCGUCCUUAGACACAGCAUUGACACAGAUAGAAACUGUUUUUCAACCUUUGCUCAAAACAAAUCAGUCAGAGCUUUAUGAAACGAUUAGUGCAAUGGAAAAAGCAAAAUUAGAACUAGCAGGAGCCUACUCUAUAAAUUCAUUAUUCUGGGUGUACCUUAAUAUUUGUGGAGUAAACCCCAAAGAACAUGGCAUAAAACAAGAACUGGAAAGAAUUAAAAGUUACAUGGAUAGAGCAAAAAAUAUCCAAGACAAAGCAAAAGCUCCAAAAGUAGACAAAUCAGCCUCAAAGAGAUUUGUGAAGAGUGCCUUAUGGAAAGCUGCUCAAAAACAGACAGACAAACCAAGUACUGAAGAUAAUUCUCCUGCUUCAUCAUCUCAAGACCAAGAUGCUCCGUCCACCUCUACAGCUGACACGUCCUUCAGUGAAGAAUCCAGGACGACAGAACCCCCAGCAAAGAAAAGGAGGAAAAGAUAACACUUAAAGGAUGUUAAACUCUCUAUAAUAAGUCGAGUUCAUCCAAUGAACUAUGGUGCUAAUUUUGAAUGACUGCUUACAUACAAGUAAUAAGUUUUCAUGUUCAUAGAAUGGAGGAAGCUGUAAGGACACUAGGCAGGAACUUUUUAUCAUAAGGUGUUAAACUGAACAAUAAAGAUUUCAGAAGAUUAACAUUUCA